CAUAUCUCCUGGAAUAUGCACUGGUUGUCUUUCAGGAUUGAUAUGUAUUCAGAAGGUAUGGCAGAUUUGAAUGAAAUGAUCCUGCAUUUGCCACUAUGCCCACCCCAUGAAAAAGAUGCCAAGAUGACCCAGAUCAGAGAGAAAACAACAAAUCGUUAUUUCCCAGCCUUUGAAAAGGUGUUGAAGAGCCAUGGACAACACUACCUGGUUGGCAACAGGCUCAGCAGGGCUGACAUUCACCUGGUUGAACUUAUCUACUAUGUUGAAGAGAUUGACCCCAGCCUAAUGGCCAACUUCCCGCUGCUGAAGGCCCUGAAAACCAGGAUCAGCAACCUCCCUCCUGUGAAGAAGUUUCUGCAGCCUGGCAGUCAGAGGAAGCCUCCCAUAGAUGCGAAAGCAUUAGAAGAAGCCAGGAAGAUUUUCAAGUUUUAAAUAAAGGAGGCAUGGGUGCCCAGCACAUGCAGGACUAAUCUUCUGACGUCCAACAAUGAAGUGCCUCUACCUAGGUGUAGUUCCUGGCUAUUGUGAGAAUAAUAAACUUUUCCAAAAUAA